GGAAACGGCCGCAUGGCAACAGGAUCAGAGCCUGGGGGUUGUCUGCUUCUAGGUCUGCUCCCAUUUUACAUCGCAUUUCCUCACUAGAUGGUGUGCAAGCCACUGGAGAGUACACUUCCCCGCACAGUAGUGGGCUCUACAUCCAGCAAAACAAACCUGGGAAACUAUACGGCGGACCAUUUCUUUACGGGGCUCCGAGGAGGAAAAGUGUGGAAAUAAAGCGUCGUUCGCGUCAAGGUUUUCAUUUUUUAAGCUAACCCCCCUGUUUUUAGCAUCAAGAAGACUUGGGAAAAGGCGACAACAAAACACAGCUGUGAUGGACAUAAUGAUUGCGGUGCAGGAUGCUUGUGUCUCUGGUCAGUGGCUUACUGCGAUAAUUCUCAGCCUGUGCUGCUUUCUGCCGUCCUGUUUGCCCGCUGGACAAACUGUGGACUAUUCCUCGGUUGAAAGUGUGGUCAGCAGACAAGGCGACACGGCUCUACUGAGGUGCUACCUGUUGGAUGGGAUCUCUAAAGGAGCCUGGCUGAACCGCUCAAGCAUCAUAUUCGCAGGGAACGACAAGUGGUCUGUGGACCCACGAGUGUCCAUCGUGUCCAGUGUUGGCGACAAACAUGAGUACAGCCUUCAGAUACAGAAAGUGGAUGUAACUGACGAUGGCCAGUACACAUGCUCCAUUCAGAGUGAGCGCAAUCCACGGCCAAAGCUUCUCAACCUUAUUGUAAAAGUUCCUCCCAAGAUAUAUGACAUUUCAUCUGACAUCACGGUAAACGAGGGCAGCAAUGUGUCGCUCAUCUGUACAGCCAGUGGGAAACCUGAGCCAACCAUUUCCUGGAGACAUAUAACCCCAUUAGCCAGGAAAUAUGACAGUGGCGAAUAUCUUAACAUCACCGGCAUCACAAGGGACCAGGCUGGAGACUACGAAUGCAGCGCUUUAAAUGACAUCGCCUCUCCUGACACCAAAACAGUAAAAGUCACAGUCAACUUUGCCCCAGCUAUCCAUGAGAUGAAAAGCCAUGGAGUUGGCUUGGGGCGCACAGCUCUGCUAAGGUGCGAGGCGGCUGCUGUGCCUUCUCCAACAUUCGAGUGGUACAAGGGUGAGAAAAGGAUUAUCAAGGGUCAAGGCAUCGACAUCAAGAGCCUCAGCUCCAGAUCAGUCCUCACAGUGAACAACAUGACAGAGGAUCGUUACGGGAACUACACAUGUGUCGCUUCCAACAAGCUAGGGACAGCCAAUGCCAGUGUGCCUCUCAUUCCAAUUAUUGAACCCACCACCACUAGUGCUGUCUCAAGCCCAGCACCCAACACUGCACCCUAUGGGAGCACAGGAGGCGCACACGUCCCGCUGGCCUGCCGAUACCUGGUCCUGGUUCUCUCCUCCUUCAUCAGCGUGUACUAGCAGAGGCCAGCCCAGACACAAUGACUGUCGAGAGCAUUUAUGAAUCCCUUUUGACAUUGCUGAUGGCUGGAUUCCAAUCUGGUACAGUUUGUUGAAAAGCCGAGUGGGGAAAAUAAUCAGCGUUACUGUGUGGGGAAAUUUCUUUCUUUACUUUUUGGUGAAAUUUCUGUCAUGUAAAUACUAUGAUGUUUUUUUAUUAUUAUUAUUUCCUCUCUAUUUAGUUUUUUUGUUUUUUUGUUUAUCUUUUGUUUUCUGAUUGAUUGACCACCUUGUGAAUCAGUGCUCACCCCUACCCCCACUCCACUUCCAAUCAUAUCAAAAGCCCCCCCAAACCUCCUAAAUGAGAUACUUUCAUGCCUCUUUCUCUGGGAGGCGAUGGCGCAAAAUUGACAUUUCCAUCCGUUUUUUGUACAUGGCUAAAAAGAAGCAAUUGUGCCAAGUCUCUCAGUACGCAGAAUUACCAUACCAAUGUUGUAUUGAAUGUAUUAUGGGUUGUUGAACAAAGGAAAGACAUUUAGAUUCCUAACAAUACAAAUUUUGAUUAUGGAGUGUGCUUGAAAAAUACAGAAAAAAACAGGAAAAAAAAACAAAAUAACAAAAAAGGCAGGGCUUUUUCAGGACCUGUAUUGUCAUGAUUACUCAAUAGAUGGAUGAACAGUGUUGAAGGUGUGCUUUGUGUAUUCUGAAAUGGGUCCUUCAGUUACUAUGCCUGCCUAACAGCUUUGAUCAGGCAGCCGUCAAAGUAGCAAAGUAUACUGUAUUGUAUCUUUAUAUUUUAAUAUAGUGUAGGCUUUUGUUUUAAAGUGGGACCAGCUUUUCUCAUUCGACCAAGAACAUUAACACAGUUCACGACUUUGUACAGUAUGAAGGGAGGAACAUCGCUGCCCUAUGUUUACAUUUUUUUGAAAAUAUAAAUAUUACAGUAUAUUCUCCAUACUUUUGUUUUGGUGAGUCCACAUACGUGAAUGUCAGAACAAACUAAGAAGAAAAAGAAGAGCCCAAGUUGAAUUGUUUUAAGCUUUUCUCUUAAAGAUGCAGCUCUUUGAAACAUACCACCUCCAGUAGGCGUUUAAACAGAGCAUUUUGUCUCUGAAUUUGCUGUGUACCUACUGAUCAUCUCCUGGCUGAAAACCCACAGCUGCACACUGUAGGUCGCUUGAAGUUUUUGGCUUCAAUUGCUGGCACGAUACUUAGUUAAUGGAUUCUGGGAAAGCAGCACUUUGCAGCACUGUAUUUUAUUCCUCUCUCUUUCUUUACAGAUUAUUCAACACUUCAAUAUAACGCAGUCUGUUUUACAGUUAAUAUAUCUACUUCAUUGUACCAAUUAACUAAUAAUUGAAAUCCAGAGAGCCAGAGCCCACAUUACUUAAAAUUUGUGGUAAAUACACCAAUAUAUAUCAUUAAGCACAUGAUCAAAACAAAACAACAGUAAUGAAACUUUGAGUCUAAUCUUCCCGUGUUAAUUAUGAGCAACAAAAUAAAAACUAUGAACAUGCUUAUCACUACAAACAUGGCCUAAGGUGCUAACAGCUCCUCCACGAUGAGCGAGUUUAACACAAACAGAUGAUCAGUGUCCACAGAGCCAGUGAACGUCCACAGGAGUGUAGAAUAAAUUAAACCAUGAGGUCGUUUAAUAGGAGAAACUGUGGCUUUUUGUUCACUCAAAUUAAUCAUAUCAAGGAUCAAAAUCAGUAUUAUUGUCAGGGUUUACUUUUUGACAAGACUUUCAGCAUUGGCAUAUUCAUCCUCAAGUAUCUUCAAUCCAUGAUGGAAACAGAGACACUGUACUAUAAUGCCUUAACAGUACCAUAGACAUUAAAUUAACCUCCUUUACAAGGACACUUCCAGAUGUUCUCAAUAAUAUACAAUUCAUUCGUUUGACACAUGCAAAUUAGGAACUAUAUUCAGUAAAUAUUAAUGUGUCAACCUAUGGCUCUCGCAGGUAUUUUCAAAUAAGCCAGUUGCAUCUGAUACAAAUGCAGUAUUUGUCGUACAGGUUAACAUGUUUGCAAGUCUUGUUUGGAUUUGGAUUAUGUUAUAUUUUGCCCCCCAUUCAAGGGACUGACAGUACCCAAGUUCACACAGUAUUUUCACAUGAACUUGUAACUGCAAACCUAUAGAGAAAUAGCCAUCGCAGUUAAAAGACUUAAAGCACAAACACUGUUAUUACUUUUACGUUUUGUGGUGAUUUGUUUUAAGGUCUGGUAAACUUUUUUUUUUUUUUUCUUUUAUUGUUUGUACUGAAAUUGUUAUCAGCUUGUUUUACAAAUUAUGAAAAUACUGCACCAUAUGAUCUUGUUUAAAUGUUAAAGUAUAAUGAAAAUUGGUCAGAAAUAUAUUUAUUCUCUUCCUUUAUGAAAACAAUGUAUAAAAGAUACAUUUGAAACAUGUAAAACUGAAUAUGUGACAUUUAUUUGAAUGAGGCUCAGUAUGGCAUAGUUUAUAAUGUUGUCAGGUUCAUUUAGAUGCCAUGACUGUUGUUGAUUUUUUGUCAGACAAGUACAUUAAAAAGAACAAUGUUUGCAAUCAAAUUACCUACUUUUUGAAACAGAGAGGGUGUGAACCAAUAUAACAGUAUUAUAGAACAGAAUCAAUGUGUGUAUAUUUGGAGAAAAUAGGAUACCUUUUGAUCUUUAGAGCCAGUGUGUAGUCAUAGUUUUCACACACUUGCGUGUUUGACGAUGUGCAGAGAGUAUGGUUGUGCUGCAUGUCAAAGUUAACCUGUGUUUUUGAGGUGGCCAUUUUACAGGUGUUCAUACUCUUUAUUAAUGGAACCAGUUUUCUUCCAAAAAAACCUUUUGGUUCUUAAACCUGGUCUGAAAAUACAUACCUCCUACAGAUCACCAGGCCAUGUUUGUUUGUGAUUUAUUUGAAUCAACUUUGCUGAUAAACUAAAACUGCUAUUCAGAGUCAUGAUAAUUAUUGUGGCACAUUGGUGACAGUCUGGAGUUAUGUUGGUUGCUUAUCUAAGCAGUUAAGACCAUGCUAGUAUUCCAUAUGAAAUGUACUGGAUGUUGAUUAUUUUGAAUAAUGGUAUUAACAAGUCCCUUUUAUCAAAUCACUAUUAUUUGCAAUAAAAGUCUUCAUGUUACAAUAUAAACCCAUAUCUGAAUUAAUGAGCACUCCUAGGGGUUUGUCAUUAUCACUAUUAUUAUUUGAGCCAGAGUGCGCCAUUGCAAGUCUCCUCUUUAAAACAUAAAGUUUCCCAAAAACUGUUUACAGGCUUCUUGUUUUUAGACUUCAUAAUCUUCAUAAUCUUCAUGUACGCUUGGCCAAAAGUGGUUUGUUGGAGAGGAAAAAUAUCAUUCUGCACUAUUUCAAUUUUGAAAAACUUAACAAGUGUUAUCGUCCUUUUACUGUUCAAAACGACCAAUUGAGUAGUGAGUCUGUUGGUCAAUAAACAAUCUUGUUAGCUGAAAACACAUGUCAAGUUCAACCCUGUACAGCUGAACCUAGCAGAUCUUAAAUGAUAGUUAGAAUCCCUAAGUUACACUUUCAUGGACAUGACACAUUAAUAUUUAUAAAUCAGGAUCAUUGAAAAUUCAGGACUGGACUGCAACUUGGUCUGUCAGUCUGUGCAAGCUGUAACAUUAGCAAAUGUUACAAUUAAAUCAAUUUAGGACCAAUUUAGAUGUUAUCUGGUGUCUUCUAUAUAUUCUAUCCUCUAUUUAAUAUGAACUAAAGCUAGCAUAUAGUAAACAAAAGUCAGAAUUUCUCAGUUAUACAUCACACAUUAAUAUUUUCCUCAUCUUAAUCAGGAUCUUUGGACGUUCAGGCCUGAGCAUAUAUUUUUUUUAAAGUUUGAAUCCAUCAGUUAUAAAUCACACAUUAUUAUUUUAAUCACAUAAAUAAGGAUCAUUGAAAGUAGCUUGUUUGCUUACUUGGUAACAUUAGCAAACGCUACAACAGCAUCAAUAGCUACAACAGCAACAUUGUUGUAAUUGUAAAAUUAGCUAAUGUUACAAUAUCGGACAUACAAUAUAUCCUUUAUUUACUAUGAACUAAUCCUGGCAAACACUAAGUAAAAUUAGGAAUCCCUCAGUUAUACAUCACACACUACUAAUUUAACUUUAAUCACUUAAUUCAGGAUUCUUGAAAGCAGCUUGUUUUCUUACUCUGUAACGUUGCCACAGCUAAUGUAAGCAAAAGUUACAAUUGGAAACAUUAAGGAAUGAUCAAUUUAGAUGAUAUCUUAUAUCUUUAGCUUGAAUUAUCAGAUGUAACUUGAUGACAUGAUGUUUGUCAUUAUUACCAGAAGCAGACAACUACAUAGCAUUCACGUCUAAAUAUGAUUUCACUUUUUUUGUAUUGGUGCUGGUGUCAAAAUAGUAAAAUGAAGAAAUGAAAGAGAAUAACAAGAUUAGUUUGCUGAAUGUAAGCUACAGUAAAAAAAAAAAAAAAGAAUUAUCAUGUUCUUAAAAGCUAAAAUAUUUCUCAAGAACAUACAGUUAAAACCUGGUGAAACAAAAGGGGUGUAGUUGACCCUGUUGUCCCUAUUUUGUUCAUUAAUUUCCAAAACAUUGUCUUUUGUUUAGAGUAAUCAUAAUCAUCUGGGUUUGUUCGACCAUUUUUCGUACAAACACUGAGGGGACUUCUCCAGGACAUGAGGGACAUAUCAGUCUGUUUGUACAGUGUAGCUUGAGUUAUUGAGUCAUCUUAAUUGUGCCAUAUCAUGCAUAUUUGAUCCCCUCCCCUCUGCCCUCAAACACUAUAAAUCCUCCAGAGCGCAGAUGGCCAGAUGCCACAGUACAUAGGAUUAAUCACUGUUUGCACUGCAUCAUCAUUGCAGACAGAACUGUGUUGCUCAGUAUAUGAUCUGGAGAUAUUUACAAACAUAAACCACUGCUCAUGCAUCCUGUAAUGCACCUGGGGUAGAUUAUGCUUUUUUCCCAGCAGCGCAGGGCUUUUGAGUAUCCUUUGACCUGAAUACACUCUUGACUAAAACAUCCACGGCUGUGUGUGACCUACCUCAUAAAAGCUCAGCUGAAAAAGUCAUGUUGAUGUACAAGCUGAAAAGGGGCCACGCCACCCACCUGCAGAGAUCACUGCCUCACCUCACACUCCCGGCCGAUAGUGGAGGAAAAAGAAAUCUCUCCACUUUUAAAUUUAAGAUAAGAGGAUUUUAAAUAUUCAUGCUAGUGCGUAUUAUUGAGGCUCCACAAUCCCAACCCUAAAUUUUUAAAUUGCCCAUUUCAAACCAUCCUCCUACUCUCACCCUGAUGUAUCAGAAUCAUACUCUUCUGUUCAAAUACAUUUAUUACAAAUUUGGAUUUGUUGUUAUGAAACAACAGCUGUUUAAACUUAAAGUCUCGGAGGAGGUCACGUACUGUACUGAAUGUGCCUUUAAAGUAUUCAAUCAAUCAUGACUAACCCUUAUUUUGAGCAUUAUUUCCACAACCCAAGACAAAGCUCUUGUAUGCAGUCUUUUGCUCGCAUAAGAGUUUUCAUUACUUUGGCUAUUUAUAACAACAAAAGAUUCAAUAUCUCAGCGCAGAAGCAAAUAACACAACUCCACAUAGGUCACAGAUAUCACAUAAUUACAUGUAUCUGUACUUGUUUGAAAAAUUGAAUCAGACAUAGUGACGAUAUUAAGAAUAAAAUGAUUAUGAUAAAUGAAUAGUUAGGUUUUAAUGUAUUCAUGUGGAGUUAUCCUCCAGGGAAACAGAAGCAGCGUUCAAAUCAUCUUCAUCCUGGAUAUUAUCAAGUCAAACUAUACUUGUUGCUUGUUGUCACUUCUUUAGAAUGGACAGGGACGUAUCUGAAAGGCACAUUUAUUCAUAUUUUUCUGUGAUUGACAUACUGUACCCGACUCUAUCAACAAUUUUCCUGCAGGAGAAAGAAAUAAUAAAAAAAAAACACCAGAGUUUAAAAAAACAGCAAGAAUUACUUUGUGGAUGAUGUGUGACUCUGGAUGUCAGUGUAGGAAACAUCAUAGCAAAUUCAAGAGACAUUUGUGACAGCAUGUUACUGCGGAGCACAUACUGUGUUGCCAAUAAGAACCAAUGUGAGGAGGUGAGGCAAUAUAUUGCAAGUGGCAUUAACAGUUUUAAAAGACAAACAUGAAUGUGUUGUGGCAAACACUGGAAUGAGUUGUUUUGUAUUGCAACUAAUACAAAUGAUCAACCAGGAUAUAUUUCAGCACAUAAUGCUUGACAUUGUAUUGUCCUUCCACCACUAAAAUCUGGAUAUCUGCAGUUUUUGUUCAGCAAAUUAUUAGAUGUAGAACAGUGUUAUCCUGCAGCAAAAUUAAGGCAUCAUAUACUGUAGUUUAUGGAAAUUACUAGCAUGGCGUCAAAGUGCUGUUUGGCUCUUUACGAAGGCGUCUGUGGCUAGCAUGAACACAGAGGAGGCUGGAGGAGCUAUGAGAGAGGGAUUCCUUCUGACCCUGUGGUUAAUGAAACCCUUCCUGUGCCUUUGUCAGUUUUAACUGGGAGAUUGUGUCAUACUACACGCUGGAGCUGCUGCCUGGCUCCUGCAGUUGCCAUCCCACUCCCCUGAGCAGCAUACUGAGUUGUCAGAAUCAAAAAAACCUCUGUUUCUUGAGUGCUAGCAUUCAGCCUGGUAGAUAUGUUUGUUGCACAGCAGGCAAAAGCUAUCCCUCCUGUCAAAGAAAGGGAAAAAGAAGUUGAAUUUCUCCCCCUGUAACCAGUCUAUUGGCAAGUUUGAUUCAGUUCUAAAUGGAAAAAGAAAAAAAAAAGUACUGUUUUUUUUUAAACAGGUCUCUUCCUUUUCUCUCAAACAGUUCAAUUAAUACAAAAACUGUGAGUAAUUUUUGACUGGUGUGACUCUCCAUUUUCUUUUAGCUGUGAUAGUGUGGCAGCUGCCAAUGUAGGGGGGGAUGUGCUAUUUUAAAAAGAGGUUGCAUCAAGUAUUUGUCAACCAGUCCCUCAUUAUUUCCACUGAACUGGAAAAUAAGUUGCCAGCCAAUGAUGCAGAGCUUGAGAUAAUGCCUGGGUUUUAAAGCAAGCUAUCUAAGCCAGGUCUCUCCAUGACGCCAAUGACUGAAUCACACACUGCGACGAGUUUUCACAUGAAGCUCGAGGGCAAUUGUCAGUUUUUCAUGAAGAACUGAACAUGUUACCAUAGAGAAAAUGUCAUUAUUUUACUGACGGUAAUUGUAAUCCUGUUUCCUUUGUUUUCAUGCCUCAAAAGGAAGAUUACACAUUGUUUUAUAAACACUGAAUGACACAGCAAAUCAGUUCUUUGUAGCACCAGUUCAUCAUACAGUAUGUGUCUUCAGUGUUGUAUUUGUUUAAAUGGAGUGACCUCUAGUAGAGUUCAGUGUAUGAGGUUCAGCAUUUCUUCUGUUUGUUCCUGUAAAUUGAAAAUAUUUACUCAUGCCAUUUUGUUUUCCUUUUACAAAAAAAUAGGAGUGGACAUAAAAAAUGGUUGAAAGGAACAUAUUAAAAGUUUUCUGUAUGAGCUUUUAUUUCUCUUCUUUUUUUUAUCUGGUUUGUUUUUAUUUAAUCUUCAUGCUGAAAAAUAAUGCGAUGAGAAGUCUGGAAAUGAAAUGUUUACUUAAAUGUGUAUGAGGGUCCUUUAGCCACCAGGGAUAUAGUUGUACAUUUAUAGGCUCUAGAUCACUGGAAUGAUAUAUAUGGCUUUAAGUGGCAUUGAUAUAUCUAUAUAUAAUAUAUAUAAAUAUAUAUUGAUAUUUGUCCAGAAGUAAGAAAAUCCAUGUACUUUAAUUACUUUAAAGCUUACAUUGUGUAUAGCACGUAUGCAAGUCCAUUUUCAUCAUGUUUGAUGUAAUUUUGUAGCAGUGGUUUGAUACUAAUAAAUGGCAAUUGAUGAUGGAAUUAUA